ACCGAGCAUGGAAAAAGUCACCCCUUAAGAAGUCUGGCUCCAGCCCUCACAGGUAUUUAGGCACCUGACUCCAUCACCCUCAGUCCAAUGAGCUGAUGGCCAGACUUAAUGGGACCCCGAAAAGGACACUGAGGACUUCUAGGGAUCAGCAUCCCCAGGACUGGGACAAAUGCUUACCCUACCGGCUGCUCAUUUGCAGGGAAGUGCCCUAGGUUGUCCUCAUGAAUACUCUUGUGGAGGAUGUCCAUGAUCCUCUUUGCUUGUGUGGUGAGAGUGAGGGACGGACUUCCACUUUCAGCCUCCACGGAUUUUCAUCUCAACCAGGACUUUCUGGAAUGCAGGAAGAGACUAAAGGCAUUAUCCUUAAUUCUGGCACAGUAUCCUGAUCGAGGCACAGCAACAGGACGUGGCUUCAGCAUACAUUUUCAUUCUUCUGGGGACAUCACCUGCAUGGGGAUCUGCACCAGCAGUUGCCCAACCGUCAUGGCAUUUUGUUUCCUGGAGGAGCUUCAGUGGAAAUUUUCUGCUUCAUAUGACUCUAUGAGCAUAAGCUUGGCUACCAGACCCUAUGCUUUCCUUGAAUUUGAUAAUAUUAUUCAGAAAGUGAAAUACCAUUUCAACUACACAAGCUGCUCUCAAAUGAAGAACCGCCUGGAGAAAAUUCAGGAAGAGCUGAAGUUCCAUCCUCCUGUGCUUCUGAAACUAGAGGAUACAGAGCUGAUGAAUGGGAUGAUUAACGGGCACACAGAAGUGCACAUGGGGUCUGCCCCUACCUACAGAAUGCAACCUGUGACUCCUUUGGGGAUUCUGUCUCUUGUUCUCAACAUCAUGUGUGGGGCUUUGAACCUCAUUCGAGGAGUUCAUCUAGCAGAGUAUUCUUUUCAGGAAGACCACGAGGGAACUGGAAAUGUAAUAGCAUUUCUCCUUUCUUUUCUAGCCUGCAUUUUUCAGUGUUAUUUGUACUUGUUCCAUGGUUCAUCAAGGAAGAUGAAGGCAUUUGUACUGUUUUUCUCCAUUUGUCUAUGCAACAUUUACUUGUAUGGAUUAAGAAACAUCUGGCAAAUACUCUUUCACAUAGGAGUGGCUUCUCUUUCUUCAUAUCAGAUACUGACAAGGCAACUGAUGGAGAAACAGCCUGAUAUUGGAGUAUGAAAACACACAUGGGAUUCAUCGCUCAUAUUUUAAAAAAACUUUUAUUUACUUACACUAGCCAAAAAUACUUUGGGGCAUAUUUUAAAACUGUACAACGAUGGUUAUCACCAGGGAGAGAUUUUGAAAUGAAACAACUCGAAAUAAACUGUGCUCUUCUAAUUAGUGUCAAAUAGACAUUCAGGGGAUUAGUUGUACUUCAGCUGUGCAUUGCAGACUAUUUGCAAGCAUUCGUAAUGGAGGUUCUCACUACCAUUGAGAAUCUUCAGUACUCAAUCUUUUCAAUGUACUCCUUGACUAAUACCAAACAGUCAGUCUCUCUUCAUUUGUCUCAUUUGCUUUGCAACAGUUCACUAUUUCAGUGUGUUGCCCUGGAAGUUUGACAGAAAACAUUGAAAUUGUACUUUAAAACCGAGACUGAUUAAAAUUGUGGAUAAUAAUGCUUAGCACUUUCAUCUAUAGAUCCUAAGUUGCUCGACAGAUGUAAACUAAGGAGGCAUUUGCCAUAAUUAGUCAGUAAUUGGUGGAAAAAAUGCUUUUAGUGGGAUUUUCAGGGUAAUCCUACUAAGGUGAAAUAGAAUGAUAGGGGUCUGAAGAAAAGAAAAGGUCAGGGGCCCUUUUAAAAACCAUAAAGGAUGUAAAAUGUCUCUUGAGUAAACUGUACAUCUUAAUUGUUGGUAUGGUGUGAGCUUAUUGAGAAAUUGUCAGUAAGUUUUUGAAGCUGCAUAAACCAAACCAAAAAAACACACAACUGACCUUUCAGCCCAAGUGGCCUUUAUUUCCCUGUUGAAGGUCACAUUUUUUGAAAGGGUAAUUAUAUGUUUGUUUGGUUUAUACAGAUAAAUAAGUUUGGAAGAUGUAUUUUGUGACAACCCAGUGAGUUUUUCAACCUUUCAAAAGAUAUGUUAUUAGCGAUUAGAAAUCCAUUCCCCAUCCUGGAAAGCAAGAGCAGGUUCUCUUUAUUUUACAUUUAAGCUCUCAUGCUAAGAUUAAUUUAUGAGCAUGCACUUUUGAAUAUAGUCAUUAGGAACUGAAUUUCUCCACCUCUGCUGCAGUGUAUAUUCUGGUAUUUAAUGUGCUGAAGUAUACACUGAGAUAUAAAAUGUAUCUGAACACUUUUUUGAUAAGUUUUCUCUGUAUAAAGAAUGUCUAACGUUUUGACACAGCUGUCUUUUGGAGGGUUAGUGGAGAAUCAUGAAACCUGAGAAAUUACAGGAAGCUUGUAGUUGUAAUACUGUGGAGGUAACCUCUUAAUUUUUUCUCACUUAACCGUUUUAUGGUAGUCCCAUGUAUUCUGUAGAAUUUCAUCCCCUUGCUGAGGAAUUGUUCUUUCACUUAAUGUCUCUACCUUUCAUGUUUGCAGAGAUUAAAUUGAUGGAGAGUUACCUUCCUGACUCUGUAGGCAGCUUAAAUGUUAGUCAAUAUUAUCUAUUUCACUACUGACUAUUAUAGUAGAAACAUCCAGCUAAUAUUUUAAACCAGACCCACACAUUGUGUGCUAAAAGCCCUAACAACUGACUAUCCAGCUGCCGAAACCUGCACCUUCCUCUGACAACUUGUGCAAUGCAACUCUGUGCAGCCAAUGCAUAAAUCUGUGCAUAAAGAUUUAAGUGACUGGAUAUUGUUUAUGUCUGCUGUUCUAAUAGUACAGCCUUUACUGUACCUAGUCCCAUGCACUGCUACAGUGAAACAGAAGUAUCAGGAGGUAGCUGUGUUAGUCUGUAUCCACAAAAACAACAAGGAGUUUGGUGGCACCUUAAAGACUAACAGAUUUAUUUGCCACCGGACUCCUUGUUGUUUUAGAGAAAUAGCAAAAGAUUCUUCUAUGUUUUUGGUACAUGGAAAGGCACUGUGUAGUAAAGAAAACUGAGCUGAAAUUCCAGGAGUAAAUAAACUUUAAAAAGGGAAAAAUAUAUCAGAAGGAAAGGGCUAAAAUGAAACAUCAGAAACAGUGGUGGGUAGAAACUUGGAGACCAGUGGAAACUUUAGCUUGAUAGGAGACAGUAAGUUGGAUGUGAAAUUGUAAGAUGAUAUGACCGCCAAAAAGACCCUAUGGUUGUAGGCUGCAUGGGGUGAGGCAUGUGUCAGAGCAGGGAAGGAUCAUAAUCCUUUAUGCAGCUCGGAUGCAAGCACUCCUAGAAUUAUUUCAUUCAGUUCCAGGUAUCCGUAAUGAAGACAGACAUGCUGAAGGGUGUCCACAGAAGACUGUCCAGGUAUUGAUAUUUGAAGAGAGAAGAGAAAGUCACUGCUUAGCAUAGAAACUAAAGGGGUCAGCCUUUCUUGAUGUUUGUCCUUCAGAUAUCAGGUCAGAUGAGAAAGAAGUUAAGGCACAAGGAGGCACAACUAAGCCUAAUAGAAUGAAACUGAAAAGGAACAUUUAGGUUGACUGUCGGGGAAAACUGCUUGAUACUAAGGGCUUGUCUGCACUACCACGUGGGGUCGAUCUAAGACACACAAUUUAAGCUACGUGAAUAGCGUAGCUGAAGUAGACUUACUUAGAUCUACUUACUACGGUGUCUUCACUGCAGUAAGUUGAUGGCUGACGCUCUCCUGUCGACUCCGCUUGCGCUUCUUGUUCUGGUGGAGUACCAGAGUCGACAGGAGAGUGCUCAAUGGUCAAUUUAUCGCAUCUAUACUAGACGCGAUAAAUCGACCCCCGCUGGAUCGAUCUCUGCCCGCCGAUCCAGCGGGUAGUGUAGACGAGCCCUGAGAUCUAUUAAACUGUGUGGAAUAGGCUAAGGUAGCCGUUCCCAGACUUCAUGAAUAACAUAACAUUUGCUUAAAAAUUUGAUGUUUGAAGUAUCACUUGCAAAUGUUUCCUUUUUUAUUUUAGGACUUAACUGGUUUUUAAUAUUUCUGAACUCAUAGUAAAAUAAAUGCCUAAGGAAGCCAGAAAUUAUAACCUCCUUUUUUAAACAUUUCAAGUUCUUUAUCGGUGUAUCAAAAAGCACAAUGAAGCAGCAAUUGUUGAUCUGUUUUGUAUUACUCAAAUUACAAGGAACAAUUAAAUGUCAAGAGACAUGUUGACAUAUCUCUAUAUGCUGCCAAGCUAUGUCAAGGCCUGACUUUUUAAUAUAUCAAUUCAAAGUUACUCCUCAUUCUUAUCUGGACUAUUGAAGAACAUGAGCCAAAGUUCUUUACUUACAUUUUGACAAUAUUUUUAAACUAAGAGCCAAUCAAAAUGUUUUGCAUUUUCUCUGAUAAAAAUAUAAAAGUACCAUUAAUGAGAAGGGUGUUCUUGCUUCACAUAUCAGGGUUGCUUUGUGUCAGGUAAGAUUUUGCUGAGCUUCAGCUGAAGGUCUGGUCCUGCAGACCUAAGUUUCAUCUUGUAGGUUUUUUUUUUUAAUGGUGAUCAGGGCAGAAAUCCAGUUCUGUCAGGGAAACCUUUCUUAACAUUCAGCCUAGUAGCACUUGUAACAUGUUCUAUUCAUAUGAAUGGAGGUCUUAUUAGAAAAUAAUGCAUGAAGAUGACUAAGAGUAAACUUUUUUUUAAUAAUCCGUUUUCUAAAUUUCCAUACUAGGGUCUGCCUUGCUGAUGUUACAGGACAUGGUGCUCCUACCUCUGGCUAGUCUUAACCAGGUGGCAGUGCAUUGACUUAAAUAGGGAAAGCUGUUCCUGCUAGGAAAAGGGGUAGGAGAUUUACUUUGUACAUGGACAAAACAUUGUGGGGAAUAACCUUAAUGGCAGGAUCUGAUUUCUAUGUCUCCCCUGAUCCUGUUAGUGUUGUACUUGUCUCCACUAAAUGUAUUUGAGUAAAGCUAGUCUUGCAUAGACUUGGGCACCUAGAACACUUAGGUAUGUCAACACUGCUGUCUGGAGAUGUGAAUUCCAGCUCAAAAAGGACAUACCUGCACUAGCUCUCAUUCAGCUGGCGUACGUAGCCACGGUGUUACAAGUGGCCCACUGCCUUGAGUACAUAUGGUCCAAAAUGUUAGGUUUAAGCAUAAUGAAAUGAAUCACUGGAUUUGCCUACUGGAAGGAUCAUCCAACCCAAGAAUCUUUAGGAAAACAAUACAGCAAAAUCUCUCAAUACAACGUUCUGCUUUCCCAGUGGACCCUAUGUCUGAUGAAUGGACAAACACCUAGUAGCGAUUUGUUACAAAGGAGGUAGAAUUGGCAGGGAACUAUUCACAGGGAGAUCUGGUUCUAUAAUGUGGGUAAGCCUGCCUUCAAAAUCCAUAUUAGGGAACAUACAUGUAGCAAUGUGUGUCCAUUAAUAGCUGAACACUUCUUCCAGCUUGGGUUGUGAUUCAGGGACCAAGGAGAGGUCAAGUUAAGCAUUGACUGUCCUAAUUUUUUUUCUGUAUUGUUUACACUGGCUUCUUGGUAUGUUAAUUCUGUGCACUCUGUGUGUGUGUGUAUAAUAUAUGUUUAAACUUUCUUUUGCUAAAACAGGAAAAGAGAUAACAUAGUUUUACAUUUAUAUGAGUCCUUCAAGAUUUAAUAAAACAAGCGUUUUACUGUUUGAGAACAGAAAAUCUGGAUCAGAACACCAGGAUUGUGCUUGUAUUGAAUCAGAUCUUUAAAAGGAAUCAAAUUUUUGUCAGAACCUUGGACCAUUUAAAAUAAUUUGAUUAUUUAUCCACUUAAUUCUCAUUUUCAAUUUUCACAUUAAGUCUCUUGGAAACUCUGUUGUUCAUCUAGAAACACAACACAAGAAAAUAGGCCAAGAGUAAACCUUCCUUCCAGUUAAAAUAUUUAGAGUGCUUUGCCAACUUAUGAAAUAUUGACCCGUUCUCCCCCUGCCUUUUUUAACCAAAGAGCUGUUAAGAUUUCUUGAAAGGCUGGCUGGUACCUUUUUAAAAAAAAAAAAACCUUUGCACUGCAUUAACAAUUGAACCUGUGUAUAUGUAUGUAAAGUCAUUUUUUGCAUGUGUGUGUAUAUAUGUACAUAUUUAUGAAAAUAAAUGACUUUUUGUAA